GAACUGAGGUCCUUCUUCUUGCCCUCAUGUUGAAGUUUUCCCCUUGGUCUAGUAUGCUCAUAUCCGUGUCCGGUUCAUGACACAGUCUCAGUACAGGCGGUGCCUUCUGCUCUUUCCUGGUUUCUGUUCCCCUCUGCAUCUCUGGAGACAUUGACAUCGAGGGGGGAGUCGUUUUGGUCCCCGCGGGUAACCACCCGCCAUGGAUGCGCUCAUGUCUCGACUGGAUGCUCUCAUCCUGAACCCCGAUCUCGCGCCCCUACUAUCCCUGGUUAAAGGUGCCCGCAAUGGCGUGGUGUAUGGGUCGAAGGUGCGGUUUCCGCACGCUUUGGUGAUGAUCUUUCUCUUCCGUUCCGGAACGUUUCGCGAAAAGGUGAAACUUGUCCUACAGGCUACGCGACAACACGCUCGGAACUUGGCCACCUUCGCGAUGGUAUAUAAAGGCUCGAUGAUCUUGCUGAGGAAUCUCAAUCCAACUGGGACACGCAAGGAAGGGCGGUAUGAUAGCUUUUUUGCCGGUCUCAUGGGAGGGUAUGUGGUUUUUGGUCGAAAUAACGGAAGCGUCAGCCAGCAGAUUGUCAUCUAUGUCUUUGCCCGUGUGAUGCUUGCAUUGGCAAAACUCGCCAUCCAGCCGGACAUGCACCCGUUUUCCUCCCUCAUCACCCCUGAAACCCGCACCCAGAUCACGAACAAUGCAUGGCCGGCCUUUGCAAGUCUGAGCUGGGCGAUGGUCAUGUACAUCUUUCGAUGGUACCCGGAUACCCUUGCGUCGAGUCUGAGGAGUAGCAUGGUCUAUAUCUACUCUGAUUCGGAUCAUUGGGACUCGUUCCGCAACUUCCUCAUACACAAUAAAUAGUUCACGAAGGGUUUUUCCUUAUAUCAAUCUCAUUCAGGAUCCGCAGGAUCGGGUCAAGAUCUAAGUUAAGCGGCGUUUGGAGAGGAGGACCAUCAUCUCAAUCACCCUUGCUUUUUGUUAAAUAAUAUUAUACUAUAGAACCAAGCAGAACUUGGUGCACCACUAUUUUCUACUGCUACUGCUAAGGCUAUUAUAGCCAUGGAAUCUAAAACC